CCGGAUUAUGAACGAAGAGCGGUGCGCCGGCUCCCAGUCCGUGGCCCGGCGUCCCUCCAGAGGCUUGGCUGGCGGCGAGCGGCCCCGCGGGCCGAGACUCAGGGGCCCGCGUCGGAGGCCCGCGCCGGGCGGGGCCGCCGCGACCAGGUGAUCCAAUGCAAGAAGAAAAUGAAAGGCAUUAAGAAAAAUCUUACAGAAGAAUAUCUAUACCUGGAUUUUUCUCACCAGAUAGAAGGAUGUAUCUUUCCUCUUCACACAUCUGUAACUUUAUUUUUGUUAUCAUACUGUGACUGCAAAAUCUUUAAGGUUUGCUUAGUCCUCACUGGAGAAAGUGCAGAUACUUCGCUACUUAAAAAUGUACUGUCCCAGCAUGUUGAAAUCCAGAUUAUCUCCAGGCAAGAGCUUCCGCUGAUAGUCCAGAAUUGCUGUUUACCUGCAGUGGUAGAAAGCCCAGACAGUUUCUGCAGAGCAGGGCUCGCUGUUGUGCUGAGACACAUCGUCCAGAGAGCAUAUGAUGCAGAGCCCUCAAAGAAGGGGAUCUUGGAGCUGCUGGGUUUUAAGAAGACGUGCCUGAAGGCCUGUGCUGAAGUUAGUCAGUGGACCAGGCUAUGUGAACUUACCAUCCCUUUAUCUAUUGAGAAUUUUCUCAAAGAAUCUUGUGACCAGCACCCAGCUAUCCCUACAGAAAUACUACAGCUAGAGAAAAAGCUCAGCGAGCCUGUUAGAGUGCACAACGAUGACAAACUCCGUCGGCAGAAGCUGAAGCAGCAGAAAGCUGCUGGAGUGGGGCCUACGCUUGCCCAGGAGAAAGUGAAGAGCCAGGCCCAUAUACAGGAAACAUCUGAGGACCAGGAUCCUUCAUCCCAGAGCCUGGAGCUGCAAGUGGCCUUCUCAAAGCUCACGGUGCAGGAGCACCCAGCUGCUCUCAACAGGGAGCCUGCUCACAUAAGACGGGCAGGCGCCUGUGCCCUUCCGCCCCUGGAGCACGUGUUUGCAGAGGGCCUGUACUUCACCUUGGCAGACCUUGUGCUCCUGCCCUGCGUCCAUCACUUUUUGGUAGUUAUCUGCAAGAAGCUUUCUGAAAGGCUGGUAGAAUUUCCGCUGCUGGCCGCCUGGUACCAGAGGGUUCAGGAGGUGCCAGGGGUGAAAACAGCAGCUUCCCGCUGUGGGAUCCAGUUUCUCCACUUACCAGAGUUGCCGACCACCUCCAGCGAACAGCAUCCAAAAUUCAGCGAGGCCGCAGGAGCAGAGGAGCACAGCGACCCUUCGUUUAUAGGAGGCCCAAGACCCACUAUGACCAAGUUAAUGGAAAAGGGCAUCGAAGUGAUGUUUUCUCCCCACCCUUGCCCUACUUGGACACUUGACUGGAAUAGACUUCCUGCAGCAGUGAGCCCAAAAGAAGAUACAAUGAACAGGACAUUCAUAUUCAGACAGAGGACAUCCACACAACAUAAGACGUCUGAGAGACCCACGCAGCCAUAUGUCAGAAGAUGGAGGGGCUGGAGCGCCACCCCCAAGGAAGUGGAACAAGGGAAGAUGUCCAGUGACCGAGCGCUGAGGAAGCAGCAGCAGUUGAACAACCUAGUCUACGUGGUGACACAUCAGGCCAGGCCUGGGGACAGGAUCGUGGACUUCUGCAGCGGCGGGGGCCACGUCGGGAUUGUCCUUGCUCACAUGCUGCCGUCAUGCCAGGUUACAUUAAUAGAAAACAAGGAAUUAUCAUUAAUUCGUGCUAAGAAGAGAAGUGACGAACUAGGGUUAAGCAACAUUUGGUUCAUUCAAGCAAAUAUGGAGUAUUUUACGGGGCUGUUUAAUAUUGGGGUGGCGUUGCAUGCUUGCGGAGUGGCAACGGACAUGGUGAUUGAGCACUGCAUCAAAACCCGGGCUUCCUUCGUCACAUGCCCUUGCUGUUAUGGUUUCGUCCAGAACACCUCAAAAUUUAGCUUUCCAAAAAGUGAGCAGUUCAAGAAAACUUUGUCAUAUAAGGAACACAUGAUUCUGUGCAGAUUUGCAGAUCAAACAGCUGUCCAGCUUCCACCCCAACGAAGGCUCAUAGGAAAGCAGUGCAUGUGCCUGGUGGACCUGGAUCGAGCGAGAGCUGCAGAGGAGCGCGGCUACUCCGUUCAGGUGAUAUCCAUGGAGCCGGAGAGCUGCUCUCCCAAAAACAACAUGAUUGUGGGGGUCCCCAUUUAGAAGCGGUCGCGUGUGGUGUCCUGCCGCCGACGUGGUGAUGAAAGCCCCGCGGCGUCAGGAGGCUCUUGGCGGAGCGAGGAAGCAGCACUCGCCGUCUUGAAACUGUUCGCGCGGGAAGGAAAGCCGCGGGGGGAUCUCGGAAGAGAGGCUACCUGCACAGCGUCACGGAUGCUCUUAGAGUGCGCGAUGAAAGGGCCACUGGGUGUGCAGAGUCCCCGGAGUCGCAGCCGCCUGCGGAGUAACGCUCACAGUGGAGCUCCGUCACUGGGGUAACAGCUUCCCUCUGGGCUCAGCUUCUCUGAUCGUGCCAGUGUGGCGUCCCGUUCAAAACAGUGUGCCUGCAACCUCUGUGAUCAUUAGAUACCCAAAUGGAGACAAAGCUAGACUCAGUGGGGUUGUUUUUUAUACUUUUAACAAUUGUACUUUUUCUGUAGUUUUUUUAAAAAUCUAGUCAGGUAAUUACAGGAUGGUUAAAUUUUUAAGCUGGGGUGAGAUGGACUUGCAUAUCAUUCCUUACACUCCUUUUAAAUGUAUUUCCCAUGGAUUACCAAAUGAGAUCACUGCUGGUUCAAACAUUUUAUAUUGAAGACAUUAUAAAAUAAUUGAAGUAAAUUUCCCGUUAUGGGAACAUGUAAUUUGGACAUAAAUUCUAACUAAUCAGUAAAUACAUUGAUUAAUUAACCUAAGCAUAUAAAUAAUGAUGGAGGAUCCAUUAUUUUCAAGACCUUGGCGUAGAUUCUUCUAAGGAUACAAAAAUGAAUUGCAAGAGACACAGUGCCUUGCCUAUGGAGGUGAAUCAUCUAGAAGAGAAAGAUUAAUGAAUAAGUUCUUUAUAUCAUAAUAGAAGGUGUGGUCACAGAAUUUGUUGUUCAGACAUCAGUCUUUUUUUUUUAUUUUGGUAAAUCUUACGAGUACCCAUUGGAUGUGGGAGGAGCACAGGAUUUGGAACCUGAUUUGAAUGCUCCUCCCUGCCCACGUUCUCCGGCUUCCACCAGCCAGUGUUUAAAGAUGGAGGGCGUGUCCCUUCUCACAUGCUGCUAAGUGUUUAACUUUUACAUGUCCUAGGCCAUUCCACUUGAGAUAAGAUGUGUUUCAUCGAUUUUGAUGUUUUCAACCCCUGUCUGACACUUGUCAUGAGGAUAAAGGACUUUAAUAAAUAACUCUUUCAUCACUGUGGAUUAAAAUACAGGAAUAACUUAGGGAGGGUAGGGGGGUUAAGUAAAGAAUGAACCCCCAGCCCUGAGUGUUUUAGUCAUCUGCACCUAUAAACACACCGUGCUCCUCUUUCCUGGGUCUUUUUGGUCUAAUUGAGGUAUGAGUUAUAGACAGUAAAAUAACAGAUUUUAAGUGUUCAGUUUGAGAAGUUUUGCUAACUGUUUACACCCACGCAACCACCACCAGGAAUAAGAAAUAGAAUAUUUCCAUCAGGCCGGAAAGUUCUCUCAUGUCCCUUUCUGUUCAGUCUCCCCCAUCCCAAAGGCAACCACUCUCUGAUUUCUAUCACCCUACAUUGCUUUGCCUAUUUUUUUCCUUCAUAUAAAUGACAUCAUUUAGUAUGUAGUCUUUGUGUCUGGCAUCUUUUGUUCAACGUAGUAUUUUUUAAGAAAUAUCCACAUUGUUAUGUGUAUCAAUAGUUUCUUCUUAUUCCUAAGAAGUAUUCCAUUAUAUAAAUAGAUCAGAAGGUGUUUAUCCCUUCUCCUGUUGGUAUGUAUUUGGGUUGUUUCCACUUUGAGGAUAUUACAAAUAAGGCCUAUGAAUAUGCUUGUGCAAGUCUUUUUGUAGACACGUGUGUUCAUUUCUCUUAGAUAAAUACCUAGUAGUAGAAUUGCUGGGUCAUUGGCUAAAUGAAUGUCAGUUGCCAAACAAUUUUCCAAAGUGGUUGUACCAUUUAAUAUUCCCACCAGCAACGUGUGAAAGUUCCACUUCUCCACACCCUUGCUAUUUGAUAUUGUCAGUUGAUAUUUUUAUUUUAACCAUUCUGGUGGAUGUGAAAUGGCAUCUCAUUGUGGUUUUAAUUUUUAUUUCUCUGAUGACUAUUGACGUUAAGUAUGAUUUAUAAAGUGUCUUUUCAAGUCUUUUGUGCAUUUUUAAAAUUAGGUCAUUUAGACUUUUUAUUAUUGAUUUAUAAGAGUUCUUUGUAUAUUCUGGAUAUGAGCCUUUUGUCAGAUAUAUAGAGAGAGAAUCUUUUUCACAGUCUGUGGCUUACCUACUCAUUUUCAUAAUGAAUGUCUUAAUUUUCACAAAGGCUAAUUUAUCUUUUCUUUCUUUUACGGUUAAUAUUUUCUGUGUUCUCUCUAAUAAAGCCUUACCUACCCUAAGGUUAUGAAGAUUCUUUCCAUGUUUUCUUAUAGAAACUUACAGUUCUAGCUUUUUACGUUUAGGUCUGCAAUCCACCUGAAAUCCAUAUUCACAAAUAGGGGUAAGUAGGUUUUGAGAAUAUACAGUCAUUUGGGCACCAUUUAUUUAAAAACCUUUCUUCUCAUUGAAUUGACUUGGCACCUCAGCUGAAAAUCACUUGAUGCAUAUGGGUGAGUCUAUUUCUGAAUUCUCUGGUUUAUUCCAUUAAUGUAUUUGUUUAGUUACUGUUGCUUUUAUAGUAAGUCUUGAAAUUAGGUAGUUUGUCUUCCAAUUUUAUUUUUCAUUUUCCAGUUUGUUUUGACUCUGCUAGAUCCAUUGUAUUUCCCUAUAAAUUUUUUAAUUGGAUUAUCAAUUUCUUUAAAAAAAAAAAAAAGCCUGCUGGGAUUUUUGGUAAAGCUUGGAAUCUUUACAUCAAUUUGGAGAAAAUGAACAUAUAAACAAUGUUGAGUCUUAAAAUCCAUGAACAUAAUAUUCUCAGCUAUUUAGGUCUUCUCUAAUUACUCUCAGCAAUAUCUUGUAAUUUUCAGUGUAGAGGUUUUAUUUGUUAUUAUUUGAUAGUUCUGAUGCCAUUACCUUGAGCUUUUUACAUGCUGUUCGCACUGCUCAGAGUAGCCUCCUCUUACUCCACCUGCUCACCAGUCUCGUUAUCCCCUCUGUUCUUAGACCUGCCUCCUGAGGGAGUCUUCUCACCCCUCCUGGGUGACGCAAAGUACUCCACCCGAAAAAGCCGCAUGACAAGUAAGGAGAAUAAAAAAGAAAGUGACCCCACUGUUCGCCCAUCCUGUUCUCAGGCAUGGAACUCUCCAGCUAUGUUGGCAGUGGCUGGUCAUAGAUUGGGUGUUAAUGAUCACUCUUGGACCAUGAUUUUUCUGUGUGAAUCGAAGGUUCAUUCCCAACCAGGGCAACUACAGGGUUUGGAUGCAGCCAGCAGGAAGAGUGCUGCAAUGAUAGCAAUCCCAGCAAGUGACCUGGUCUCACCCAUACUCUUGUCCGUCAAAAGCAAAGCAGCUGCUCGCUGAUCUGCCUUCCAAGGCGGUGAUGUUAGAAACCAGAGCUUAUCUGUCACUGGCUUCAAGCCUGGCUCGGAGAAGCAGGGAUAUAAUCACUGAUGACUAGACAACUUGAUCUUAUUGAGGGAGACAAAUGUCAGUCAUAUUCGAAGUCAAAACGUUUUCAGAGCAUGCAUGCAAAAGAACAGGUGAGGAACAGUAAUU